CCGAGAUCGGUAAUGGAAGCUGGCCUGUGAGCGCUGAUCAGGCUCCGAAGCUAGCAGGGCAAACACGAAUACCUCAUCAUGGAUGACGAUGACCUGGAUGAGCUGUUGGAUGAAGUGGAAAAAAAGUUCUGUAGUAAAGCUUCUGCAGCGUCUUCCGGUGUAAAACGCAACAAAGACGAAAAUAAACAAGAAGAAUGGAGUGCUGCAAAAUGUGAGCCACAUAAAAGCAGCGUUUCUGAGGACAUUGAUGCCCUUCUGGAGGAAUUGCUGGAGGAUGAUUACGACAGUUCUCCUCAGUCAAAGGGUGAACAGUUUUCUAAAAGAGAACAAGCAGAGAAGAAACUCUCUUCACAGUCUGCUGGAAGAAGGUGCUGUCCUGUCUUCAUCGGUGGGAGCUCAGUAACAAACGGUGUUGGAACAGCCACUUCCAAAAGGUCAUGUGACCAGCUGAGGUGCGUCUCCUGUGAUUUCCGGGUGUUGAUGUUUGACGAUUCUGAAUGGGACGCAUCAUGUGACUACCUGUUCCUCAGGAACAACGUGCCGGACCGCCAGAAGCUCCGAGCCAAACUGAAGAAGAGGAAGGGUUUGCGGGCUUACGCCUGCCAGUGCAACUGGCUCUCCAGCUCAGAGACGACGGACCUCAGAGACCAGCCUCAGCUCAGAUGGGUCUGUGGCAAACAUCUGGACUGAUGCUCACAGCUGGGAAACAUGCCGCUCACACAGCAUGGACCACAAAUGGUAGCUGAUAGUUUCUCAGACAUAUCUAUAAAACAUCUAUAAAACCUGAUGAUGGAACUAAAACUUAUUAGUUUGAGUAAUAAUGAGUUGGACGUGAAAACAGAAAUGUGUUUUGGAUGGUGGAGUAAAUCCAAACUGAUAAAACUGGCAGCAUAAAUGAAACUUGGAGGCAACUUUGUUAAACUCAGUGAACUGAAACAAUCAAACAGCCACCUGAGGAGAUCUAAAAAUAUGUUUUAAAACAUUUAAGAACUUUUUGUUGGACUCCUCAAUGGUCCCAAUAUUGUUCUCUAUAAAAUGUUUUUAUCUUUUAUUUAAUGUUCAGUAACAGUUCCUUAAUGCUAAGUGUAUAACAGAGAUGCACUGAUGUGAAACUUGACCUGAUAUCAAUAUCCGAUCUGAACAGGGUUUGUAAAAUCUGAGAAGCUACAAUGGUUGUAGUCUUAAGAUUCAUAUUUGUCAAACAGCUCAAAGAGAAAUGUCAUGUAAUAAUGUUGCUCUAUCAUAAUAUUUUUAAAUAUUUUAGGCUAAUGUAAUAGGAAAGAUUUAGAGAAAAAAAAUAAAAAUCUGAAGUAAUUGUUGUAGAAAAUCUGUUGAGAUAUGAAAUAUUUUUAAAUAUUUGAGCUCAUGUUUAUGUUUACUGUGAGAGCAAUCCAGAAAAUAUGAGAAAAAUCUUUAUUGUAAGUCAGUUUGCAUUCAUUUUGUGUUCUCUUUUUUUACAUCCCAGAAUAUACAUUUUAUCUUCUUCUUUUCUCCUGUUGCAUCAGUGGAAUCCCAUUGUGAGUUUACUUUAUCUCAAACAUAAAUUUAAAUAACCAAUAUUUAAUAUUUUCUUUCUGGUUUCUGUCAGCCUCUGUAUCUCCUGAACUGUUAAAUGCUUCAUUAUUCCGUCGCUUACUUAUUUCUGUACUGAGCAUGCUCGGUGUAGUUUCUGACCCAAAAUUAAAAACAGUGUUAUCUCUAUAGCAAGAGGGAGCUAGAAUAUUAAAUGUGCAACCAUGGAAACAAUAAAAAGGAGGUUCAGACCAAGCAAUCUUCAAAUAAGUUGACAUGCAGAUGAUUUUUUAAAUCAAAGUAAAAACUUUUUUUUAAAUAAAUAGUGUUUUAGUUUAUUUCUGCUUUUAAGCAUCUUCUCAAGGUUCCAUCCCUUAAGCAAUCCUUUAUUAAUUGUAGUAAUGCUUGAUAAUUAAAUAUGAAUGUAUUAAUUUUCACAUAAAACAUCAUGACUGAUUUGUUAGUGUUGCCUUCACUUUUCAUCAGUGACCUGAUGUUUUUAUGGCAUCAAUAUUUAAUCAUAAUUUAGAAAGAGUUAACCAUCCUGUUAAUGAUUACAAUCAUUUCAUAAAAGUUCAUGAUUUUUAUGUCAUCACAUGACAGACUCGAAGGCCUGUUUUUAAAACUGAGAGCAGUCUGAUGAAAUUUUAUUCCAUAAUUUAAAGUCAAAUCACACUUCGGUGUGAUUCCAUUUUGAUGAUAAAUAUUGUCUCUAGUUAGAGUAAUGGAGAUAUUGAGUUUACGAAGCAGUCUGUGGAAAGCAUUCUAGACUCUAAGGUUGUAAAACAAACUUAAUCCAGCUUGAGAUAAGCUCACAUGAGAACCAAAGGAUUUAGACAAGCUGAGAAAAUAGUUUUACACCACCCGAAACUGAAAAACCUUUAAUAUUAUGGAUCAAAAAAUGAGAUAUGUUGCUAAGCUCAGCUUCCAUUAGACUGGAACAAAAAGAGGUUGAACUCAUGAGCCAUACUGAACAUUUAGUUUCUGUUUCUGUCACUCUGCAGAGGAAAUGUCAGGACAGGCGUACGUGUUGGUUACUUUAGUAAACAGAUCAUACAUAAUUUAGAGCUGACCUCGACUUAUUCACAUCAGAACUCCAUCACAUCCAAACAUUUGUUAAUUAAAGGAGCGCAAAAUCUAUUUUUAUUGCUAAGUGUGUUCUGACAAACUUUGUGCCUUCCAGCUGGUUAAUUAUCGUUCCUAAGUGAUGUGUCAACAAGGAGGACAAACAAACAGAAAAGCCACAUCCUUUGCCUCCCACCUGUUGCGAGUGAGUGCUCGCUCCAUCAGCUUGUUGAUGUGCAUCAUUUCAUUAGGUGACCUAUUUCCCAGCAUUAGUAUUCAUCAGGCUGGCCGAGGUUGCACACUUGCACAGGCCGAUUCGUCACGUUUUAUUAACAGGCAAAAUGAUGCUGAGGGAAGCUGCCUGAACUUUAGAAUCAGAACACAGAUUGUUGUUUGUAAAAAUAUGAAAAUUGUUCAAACCAAGAUGAACCACAAAGACCAUUCCUUGAUUUUUAUUUAAGAAAUAUCUUUAUUUUGGAGUAAAUGUGGGUUAUGAAGUGGCUGUUUUUUUUAAUGCAUCCAACUUCUUUUAGUCAAUUUUGGACGCUGUCUUAAAGUGUACUGUGGAUUGCUAGAUGUUCUCUCAAAGAGAAAUCCACACCACAAAAUAUAUAUUUUUCCCAGUUUUGACUGUGCCAUAUUUAUUGCUGUCACUCAGCAAUAGAAGUGUUGAUUUUUAGCUCUCCAAAGUAUUCUAUAGAGUCUUACUUUUAUUUUGACACCAGAACCAUUCAAAUAUACCCUGCAGUUCCUGAGAUAUAUUGAAUUCAUUUUAUGGGUGUUAUUUCUGAGUAAAUCUCCAAAAAAAAAGACGCCCAGGCAUCAACAAGUAAAGACUGUUUCAGCGUUUCGCCUAAAGCCAUAACAACUAACAGUAGAAAAGCUUUGAGAGAAGAAUAUAAAAUCUUCAUGAAUCAUAAAACAUAAAAAAAUGAUGAAAACAGUGAUUCUGAUUAAAGAUUCUUUUUUGUUACAGGGAAAGUUUUUUAUUCGUGCUGCCAACUGGCUCAUCUCAUGGACAGUUGAACAAUUCUCCUAACUCAGGAGGGUAAAAGCUUUCCUACUGUGACUACAGCAGUGGAAGAAAGUCUGUCAGAUCUCAGUGAUGCUAAAAACCCAGCAGCAGCAGCUGAUAUGACGCAGGAUGUUGUGUUAAAUUAGUUUUCUCAAAAGAAGCUAGAAGUUAAGACUAGUUUUCUAUGUCAACUAGUGUGUGACUGCUUCUCUGACUAAGCUGAAAUAUUUCAACAGACUUGAACGGGUCUGUGCUGUGAUGACUAGUCUGAUCUAACUUAAAUUCACUCUUAUCCAGUCAGAAAGGUCAUAUUUUGAGUUUAUUGAGCUUGCUUAUUCCCAUUUUGCUUCAUAUCCAGCAGGAUGUUGCUUCCAAGAGACACAUGUAGUCAAAUAAAUUAUUACUAAAGUAUCACAGUCCAUGUUCGU